AUGGCACCCACCCGGUUAGAAGAAGAAAAGGCAGAAGUUGUUCAUGCUGAUACUUUGAAAACGCCCGACAGCGAUUCAACGAAUAAUGCAGAGCAAGGAUUUCAAGACGAACAUGCUCAAAGUGCAGCAGAGAAAAAGUUAGUCCGCAAAAUCAGCUAUACCUUUUUGCCAUUAGUAACCUGGAUCGUUAUGGUGCAGUUUGCUGAUAAAUCGUCGCUGGCUAUAUCAGCCGUUCUUGGUAUCUACCAAGACACUGGAAUAACUGGAUCGCAAUUUAGCUGGCUUGGUAGUCUCUUCUUUUUGGGCUACUUGAUUAUGCAGAUUCCAAAUCAGGUCCUUAUUCAAAAGUUUUCUAUCAGGCGAUAUCUCGGUGUCUGCAUUGUAGUCUUUGGUGCGGUGAUGCUGUUCACGGCACUGGCACAAACAUUCGCACAGCUCGCGGCGCUUCGAUUUUUGCUCGGCUUUUUUGAAGCAACUUGCCUUCCUUGCCUCUAUAUCAUUGUUCCGCAUCUGUACCGUCGUGAAGAGCAAACGUUUUACUUUGGAAUUGUGACUAUGUGCCAGGGUGUCGGUUCUGUGUUGGGUAAUUUAGUAGCUGUGGGUAUAUCUCAAAUGGGAGGUGAGCGACUUGGUCUUGAGAUGUGGAGAUGGAACCAUAUUAUUUUUGGUGCCAUUACUGUACUGCUCGGCAUCUUGUGUUUCUUUUUCCUAUUGGAUAACCCACGAUCAUGGAUGUUACGGCUUACCGAAGAAGAGCGCCACAUUGUCGACAAGCGAACGGAGGACAAUGCAGUUAUCCGAAGCAGAAAAAUUAAUUACAAGCACUUUUUGGAGGCAUUAAAAGAACCGCGCCUCUAUUGCAUCGGCCUUGCUGCAAUUUGCAUCAAUAUGCAAAACGGCGGUCUCUUGGUUUUCAGUGCACAGCUCAUUCGUACACUGGGUGAUUUUACUCCUACAGAAUCGAUUUUAUUAAAAAUUCCUGGCGGUGUCGCAUCAACUAUUUUUAUUUUGGGCGCUGCUAUUGUUGCUCGCCGUAUAAGACAAAUUGCAUACACAGGAAUGGUCAUGUGCGUUAUUAGCUUAUCUGGUGUCGUCGUCUUAGCUGCUGUGCCACAUGGUUCCGUUAAACUUUUGGGUUACUACUUGAGCUGGGCCAUGGGUGGCGCUGGCGCCCUCUAUGCCGCGAUGGUGGGAACGAAUGUCAGUGGCUAUUCGAAGAAGAUUUUUUAUAAUAGCGUACUAGUUAUAUGCAGUACCUUGGGUUCCUUCAUAGGACCCCUGGUUAUGUUGGAUCAUGAAGCUCCGAGAUAUACUACAGGUAUGGUUGUUUACUGCGUUGGCAACACAGUUGCAUUUUUCUGCUUCCUGGCUGCCCGUAUCCUCAUGGCACGAGAAAAUAAGCGCCGAAUUGCCAAUCCACCAGAGAAGAAGCUGGAUGUUACUGAAGGAUGGACCGAUCAAGAAGACAGAAGCUUUAUUUACAAGUUGUAA